AUGUGGAAGCGCCUGAUCCGGUUCGAGGCCACAAACGGGGUCGUCUGCUUCGGAGAUGCUUGUGUGAGCAGCGCAGAGGAGCUCACUGCCAGUCUCGAAGCAGGUAAUCUGCGUGCGAAGCAGCUGGAAGGCCACGAUCCAUUUCAUCUGGUGGCCACCGAUAAGGAAGUGUCAGUCAAGCGGUUGCUUGGGGUCCUGACUGCUGAUGAUGUUCCUGUGGUAAAGUGCAUCGGGCUCAACUAUAAAGCUCAUAUCAGUGAACUCGGACGAAAACCGCCGCCAUAUCCGUCGCUUUUCAUGAAGCCAGCGCCUGCGAUAGCAGCAUUUGAUCAGGAUAUACUUGUCCCGAGAGCCGCACAGGGGAUGGAUCUUGACUAUGAAGGUGAACUGGCCAUUAUCAUUGGUCGCACAGGCAAGGACAUCUCGCAGGAAGAAGCGCUGUCUUACGUGGCAGGGUAUGCCUCCUCGAACGACGUUUCUGCACGAAAAUGGCAGAGGGAUCCAGCAUACGCAGGCCAUAUUCCCCAAUGGUCCUUCGGAAAGUCCUUUGACACCUUCGCACCCCUUGGACCAAUGAUUGUUGCGCCCGCUGUUGUUCAGGAUGCCAGCAGUCUUAUGCUCAAGACCAUCGUCGAUGGGGAGGUGCGUCAGGAAACUAAUACGUCCGACCUGCUGUUCGGUGUCAAAGCCUUGAUCUCCUUUCUGAGCCAAGGAUCAACCCUGCAGCAAGGCACAGUAAUCAUGACAGGCACACCAGGCGGCGUCGCCCUCGGCAUGAAGGAGCCUGAGUGGUUAGUGGAUGGUCAAAUCCUCUUAGCUCUAAAGCAGAUUGGGUCCUUGGUCUACAAUGUCUUCUUCCAUCCCUUACGCAAGCUGCCAGGACCCCGUCUCGCCCAAUUUACCAGGCUCCCCAUGAUAUCUCGCAAGUAUAGGGGUAGUCUCAACAGCUGGCUCACCGUUCUUCACCAGACAUACGGAGAAGUGGUCCGAAUCGCGCCGAACGAAGUCAGCUAUAUCAACCCUCAGGCAUGGAAAGACAUCUAUGGCUUCAGAACCGGAGGCAAGCAGAGCCUCGCCAAAGAUCCGUUGUUCUACGGACCUGACGCUUCUGGUGGUAACGCAGGUCUUUUCCGUGCAGGAGAUGCUAGCCACGGACGACAACGCCGAGUACUGUCUCACGCGUUUUCUGAUCGUGCACUCAACGAGCAAGAGCCCAUGUCCGAGCACUAUGCCCAGUUGCUGAUACAAGGACUUCGAAAAUCAACCCUGGAACCGAACAACAAGGUUGAUAUGGAGCGCUGGUAUAAUUAUGCUACAUUCGAUGUCAUGGCAGACCUGACUUUCGGUGAGCCGCUGCAUCUCCUCGAGGAUCAGUCUCAGGAAUGGUUUCUGGACAACGUAUUCAGCUUUCUGAAAUUACAGAGCAUGUCCCAGCUCCUGAGGUACUACCCUUUCUGUGCUGGGGUUCUCAGACCAUUCUUCAUACCAAAGAAGCUGGUCAACCGUCAGGCGCGCAACAACAAAGAAUGCAUAGCGAAAGUCAAUCGACGGCUGGAACGGGCUUCUGACAAGCAGGAUGUAUGGGGUUUAGUCAUGAAGCAAGAGGGUGAGAAAGCUAUGUCACGUCCGGAAAUGCACGCCAACGCCAUAACAAUGAUGGUAGCUGGUACAGAGACCACCGCGACAGCGCUGAGUGGCCUGACUUUCUACCUACUGCAAAAUCCGGACAAGAUGAAGAAGCUCACAGAAGAGAUCAGAUCCAACUUUGACGAGGAGAGAAAUAUUGAUAUCAGAAGUUUGGCUCGUCUCGAGUAUCUCAACGCCUGCAUCGAAGAGGGGUUGCGAAUGUACCCUCCUGUACCUCUUGGUCCGCCGCGCCUAGUACCCGAGGGUGGAGCGAAUACCUGCUGUUAUGUCUCCAGCUACGCGGCUUUCCAUUCAGAGCACAACUUUAGGCACGCAGAAAAAUUCAUUCCCGAGCGAUGGAUUAAAGGUGCAGGGUACGAUGAUGACCGAAAGAACGUACUACAACCGUUCUCAUUCGGCCCACGGAAUUGCUUGGGAAAGAACCUGGCAUACCAUGAGAUGCGCAUGAUACUUGCGAAGGUGCUGUGGAACUUCGACAUGAGACUGGAUCCAGAGAGCAUGAAUUGGCUAGACCAAGAUGUGCACGUCAUUUGGGAGAAAGGCCCACUGUAUAUCAAUUUGACUGAUGCACGAGCUGCUGUAUAG